CACACCGAUUUGAAUGCCGUGCAGCAGGGGUAGCCUUUUCCAAUCGAUGAUCUCAACAGAAGUUUCUUCUGUCAUCUCCAUGUAGACACUGGAAAAAAGUCGAAGAGAAUGACAAAACUAUCGUCCGGCCUGAGUUUUGUCGAAGUCUGCCACGGAAAAAAAUAAGAGAAAACUAUAAUGCGGCUGAAACAAAGAAGGCAGUGAUUUGUGGCCGCGGCGGUUUUCCGUGCUGCUCCUGCUAGCCAGGGCUGGGUCCCGUUACAGUUGUGAGUCGGCGGCUCGCCAAGAUGUCUAUGGAGGAGCAGGAGUAUCCCGAAGCGGUUCUGGUGACAGAAGCCGGGCCGCAGUGGCUCCGGGUCGAGGUCGAGCGUCUGACCCGGGAGCUCCGCGAAACGACCCACGAGAAGAUCCAGGCGGCGGAGUAUGGGCUGGCGGUGCUGGAGGAGAAGCAGCAGCUGAAGCAGCGAUUCGAUGAGUUGGAGACGGAGUACGAGACGGUCCGACACGAGCUGGACCAGCUCAAGGAGGCUUUUGGACAAGCUCACUCCACCCACAGGAAGGUGGCAGCAGAUGGGGAAAGCAGGGAAGAGUCCCUGAUCCUGGAGUCUGCCAGUAAGGAGGCUCUCUACCAGCAGAAGGUCCUGGACUUACAGAACGAGCUGCGACAGGCCAAAGCUUCGCUCGCCAGCUCACAAGCUGAAAAUGAUCGCCUCUCAUCCAUUGCACUGGAGAUGAGAGAGAGCUCCGGGUUGGCAGAGCUGCAGCGCAGUCAGCUCCGAGAUGACAUCAGAGAGUUCAAGGUCCGGGAGACUCGACUGCUGCAGGACUACAGUGAGCUGGAGGACGAGAACAUCUCUCUUCAGAAACAAGUGUCCGUGCUAAGACAGAGCCAGGUGGAAUUUGAAGGUCUAAAGCAUGAGAUCCGGCGUCUGGAGGAGGACUCAGAGUGUCUACAAAGCCAGCUGGAAGAAGCAAUGUGUCUGAGAGAAAUUGCAGAGCGACAGCUGACAGAAGCUUUAGAGACUAUUAAGACGGAGCGCGAGCAAAAGGCCACUCUGCGCAAAGAACUCUCCCACUACAUGACCAUCGGUGGCUCCGUGUACAACAGCUCAUUCAGUACCUCCACGGAUAACCCCAAACUGCACGAGGACCCCUCUGUCACCGAACCCGACAACGAUGAUCUGAUCAGAGGCUUUGAGAACGGCUUGGUCAAAACAGGUGAAAGCGACGGUGACAACAGAAGCGCAUCAAACAAGAGGGGAGAGGCCAUCAAGCCGGCUCCCAGCCUUGUGGACGACCUGCUGAGUGAGCUCAACAUCUCGGAGAUACAGAAACUUAAACAGCAGCUGGCGCAGGUUGAACGGGAAAAGGCGUCCCUUAUCAACUCUCUGCAGGAGAGCCAGAAGCAGCUGGAGCAGGCCUAUGGCACCGUGUCCGAGCAGAAGGAAACGGUCAACAAACUGACUGAAAACCUAAGUGCAAUGAGGAAACUUCAGGCCAGCAAGGAGCGCCACUCUGCCCUCGACACUGAGAAAGACCGAGACAGCCAUGAUGACGGAGACUACUACGAGCUGGACAUCAACGGGCCUGAGAUCCUGCAGUGCAAAUACACCGUGGCGGUGUCCGAAGCCGGGGAACUGAGGCAGGAGCUGAAGACGCUGAGGGCGCAGUACGAGGAGUGUCGAACCCGGUACGAAGACGAGCGAGGGCAGCUGGAGAGCAGCGUCCAAGACUUGACGUCAAAGUUGUUGUCGCUGGAGAAGAUUAGCCAAGCAGAUAAAGCGGAGGUGGCUCGUCUGGAGAAGGAGCUCCGUCUAGUCACCGAGGCUGCAGGAGAAUCGCUUGGCAGCCUCAACGUGGCACAGGAUGAGCUUAUAACUUUCAGCGAAGAGCUCGCCAACCUCUACAACCACGUGUGCAUGUGCAACAACGAAACUCCUAACCGCGUCAUGCUCGACUACUACAAGGAAGGCAAGGCCUUGGUGAGAAAGGGGCAAGAAGGGAAGGAGAACCAGUCUGUGCUUCUCACUAAUGGGUUGAUUGCUGAAUCUGGAAAGUCAGACACCAACGCUGCAGCUCCGGCCCCGGCUCCAGAGCACCGCCCAGAACCCAUGAACAUCUAUAACCUCGUAGCUAUCAUCAGGGACCAGAUACGUCACCUGCAGCAGGCCGUAGACCGAACCACCGAGCUGUCACGCCAGCGACUUGCCAACCUGGAGCUGAGCACAGUGGCAGACAAAGACAAAGAAGCUUGCAUGGAGGAGAUCCUCAAACUCAAGUCCCUGCUCAGCACCAAAAGGGAGCAGAUCGCCACUCUCAGAGCCGUGCUCAAGGCCACCAAACAGACAGCUGAGGUUGCUUUGGCCAACCUCAAGAGUAAGUAUGAGAGCGAGAAGGCCAUGGUGACUGAGACGAUAAUGAAGCUCCGAAAUGAACUGAAGGCUCUCAAAGAAGAUGCUGCUACGUUCUCCUCUCUUCGGGCCAUGUUUGCAACAAGGUGUGAUGAAUAUGUUACGCAGCUGGAUGACAUGCAGAGGCAGCUGGCUGCUGCUGAGGAUGAGAAGAAGACGCUGAAUUCUCUGUUACGAAUGGCCAUUCAGCAGAAACUGGCAUUGACUCAGCGUUUAGAAGAUUUAGAGUUUGACCACGAGCAGGCGCGACGCAACAGUGCCACUGCCGCCGGAGGCAAGGCCAAAACAAAGGGCAAGGGAGCCUCUUCCAGCCAUCACUAAACCUAUCAAGUGUCCUUAAGGAGGUUCGUCAGUGUGUGUGACAGUCACCUGGGCUCCUGUUUCUUCACUCUAAUCAUGGUCCAAAUCAUAUCGUCACGAGACAAGAAUCCACCCAACAGUAUUUGCCAAGAGCUGUGUUUUAAAGUGCCAAAACAAUUAUAUGUAAGGUUUCUUAGAGUGCAACUGCAAAAAGACACCACUCAGCAGCAGCCUAUUGCAGUCCAACAGUCUUCCAACAAUAUACACCACUAUGAUUACUGAACCAGAGGAAGAAUCAACAUUGGUGUUUUGCAGAUUAUUCGUUGCCUGUGUUACCCUCACUGAGCACUUUUUCUUUUAGUUUAUUUGUCCUUAGGUGCUUCCUGUUUGAAAAUAUGGUAUUAGUUCUAAGUGGUAGACAAUGUAAGUACUGCAUGUGCACGCUUAUCUGACGCUGUCUUUGUGCCAUUGUCAAGGGUCUAAUUGUACCUUUAACCUUAUUUAUUCAAGCAAAAGUCAGUCAGAUUUUGUUACAUUUUUUAAAAGACAGAACCUUCAACUCACUGGCAGAAAUAAGCUUCUCUGCUUUUGUGGUCUUUUUUAGUCUUUGGUUCAACUUUGCCUUUCAGACAGCCAGUAAAAACAAGCAAGAUUUUUGAUUACCAUGUCUCAUGUUUAGUCAAUUUAAAAAAUAUAUAUAUAUUAACAAAUAGUGUGAUGUACUGUUCCCAAGUUCCUUUAUGAACUUCAUGAACACGGAGCUUCAAAUUCAGGGUCUUAACUAGAUGUUGUAUAAUUGUGCUCCAUAGUUGAUGUGGUUACGCUGUUACAAAUUUAAGUGUGCUUGUUAUGACAGAGGAAAAGUAUUGCAAUGCAAAUCUUAUUUAAAGAUUUAUAACUUAUGGUCAGAUGUUAAUAGUAUUCAUAAACUUAUUCAUGAAGGAGAGUCUUUAAAAAAUUGUUUUAAUACAAAGUUUUGUAAACCUCUUUAAGUCCUAAAAUAAUGUCUGCAGUGCCAUUUUUUGUUUCCUUUAUACAUGUGCAAUUUGCAACAAAAUUGCAAAAAUCAAAAUGUUUUAACAAUGUAAAAAUAUAUUUUUACAUGUAUUUUAUCUCACAUCCAUGGUCCUAAUUGAUGUUACAUGUUUUUGCUAUAACUGCAUUUGUAUUUAUUUGACUUUGUUCAGACUACAGGAUUAAUAAUCCUUUGGGUUUCAUAAGGGAGUUAAAAUGUCACUGCCUGGUUAGUAUAUCAAGAAGACUCAACUGUAAAGACUAGCAAAAGACAUGACUGUUGGUUCUUGUCUCUGUUUCCAUUAAUGGCUGGUGAAGAAAUAAAUCUAACUUUUACAACUCUGA